AUGCUGAGGACGUGUCAUUUGCUUGUGUUGAUGCUGUGUGUGUCAGCCAUCGAAGACUUUGACUGGACAAAGAACGACCAUGGAUCUUUUUACUAUGGUGUCUUCCCAACCGGCUUUUCCUGGGGAGCUGGUGGUUCUGCAUAUCAGACAGAAGGUGCUUGGAACGUUGACGGCAAAGGCAUGAGCAUCUGGGAUGCAUUUGCCCACAAAAAGGGCAAGAUCUUCCUGAAUGACACUGGAGACUUCUCAUGUGAAGGCUACCACAAAGUUAAGGAUGACAUCUCCUUGAUGAAGGACAUGAAUCUUAAACACUAUCGUUUCUCCAUAUCCUGGCCAAGGAUUCUGCCCACUGGAAUAAAAAAUGAGAACAUCAAUGAGAAAGGAAUUAAGUAUUACGAUGACCUGAUAAAUAAGCUUCUGGAGAAUAAAAUUACACCCAUUGUUACACUAUAUCACUGGGACUUGCCACAGAUCUUGGAGGAAAAAUACAGAGGAUGGCAGAACGCCAGCAUGGUGAACUUGUUCAAUGACUUCGCCAAUUUAUGCUUUGAGAGAUUUGGAAACCGAGUCAGGCACUGGAUCACAUUCAACAAUCCAUGGUCGAUUGCAGUGGAAGGAUAUGAAACAGGGGAACACGCACCAGGACUGAAGCUGAGGGGAGUUGGUGCUUACAAGGCUGCCCAUCACAUAAUAAAGGCACAUGCAAAAGUUUGGCACACCUACGACAUUCAAUGGCGAAACAAGCAAAAAGGUCUGGUUGGGAUCUCUUUGUCGGGCGACUGGGGGGAACCCGUUGACAUCAGCAACCAGAGGGACAUUGAAGCCGCAGAACGAUAUGUCCAGUUCUACAUGGGAUGGUUUGCUACACCCCUCUUCAAUGGAGACUAUCCUCAGGUUAUGAAAGAUUACAUUGGUAGGAAAAGUGCCCAGCAGGGCUUGGGAGCAUCACGGUUACCCGUCUUCACGGCCCAGGAGAAGAGCUACAUUAGGGGCACCUGUGACUUCUUAGGCAUUGGCCAUUUCACCACACGCUACAUCACACAGAAGAACUACCCCUCCGGUCGUGGUAACAGUUACUUCACAGAUCGGGACCUGGCCGAGCUGGUGGACCCACGCUGGCCCGACCCAGGUUCUGAAUGGCUCUAUUCAGUGCCGUGGGGUUUUCGCCGCCUUCUGAAUUUUGUCAAGAAACAAUAUGGCAACCCCAUGAUCUAUGUGACAGAAAAUGGUGUAUCUGAGAAGAUGAUGUGCACGGAUCUCUGCGAUGACUGGAGAAUGCAGUACUUUAAGGACUACAUUAAUGAAAUGUUAAAAGCAAUAAAGGAUGGGGUGAACAUCAAGGCGUAUACUGCUUGGUCACUGCUUGACAAGUUUGAGUGGGAUGAGGGCUACUCUGAGAGGUUUGGCCUCUACUACGUAGACUUCAGGGACAAAAAUAAACCCCGUUAUCCAAAAGCUUCGGUUCAGUACUACAAAAGCAUCAUCAGUUCUAAUGGAUUCCCCAAUCAGAGAGAGCUGGAGAUUUGGAAGGGGAAAGCAAUUGAGACUUGCAGCUCUAGUAACCAGCUUCUUGCUGCAGAUCCCUUGAUAAGCCACAUGGGGAUGGUGACAGAGAUUGUGGUUCCGACCAUGUGUACCCUCAGCAUUCUCCUCAGUGCUGUCUUCCUCAUGUUCCUGCUGCGCAGACGCCUCUGA